CUCUCUGUCCCAGCAUGCGGGCUCAAACAACAGCGACACGGCUGGUUUAUGUGUCACGUUUUGGGGGGAUUUUUUGGGAUGAACACGCAGCGGAGCAGCGCUGGAAGCGCUUCUUGCACGGGCUGUUCCUGACACAGCCGUGAGCCUGUGCCAUGUGUGUUCUCCCCGACUAGACAAUGGCUGACUGGGCCCCCAUAGCGAAGGAGUACGACCCCCUCAAGGCCGGCAGCAUCGAUGGCACGGACGAGGAGCCCCACGACCGGGCCAUAUGGCGGGCGAUGCUUGCACGGUACGUGCCCAACAAGGGUGUCACGGGAGAUCCUCACCUCACCCUCUUCGUGGCGAGGCUCAAUCUUCAGACCACAGAAGAGAAGUUAAAGGAGGUUUUUUCCCGCUAUGGAGACAUCCGAAAGAUCCGUCUCGUUCGAGAUUUGGUCACGGGAUUUUCCAAGGGUUAUGCGUUUAUUGAGUACAAAGAGGAGCGUGCGCUCCUGAAGGCCCACAGAGAUGCCAACAGGCUGGUCAUCGACCAACAUGAGAUCUUUGUCGACUUUGAACUGGAAAGAACUCUCAAAGGAUGGAUUCCCCGGAGGCUUGGGGGUGGGUUUGGAGGCAAAAAAGAGUCCGGGCAGCUGCGGUUUGGAGGACGGGACAGACCUUUCCGAAAGCCCAUCAAUUUGCCAAACAUGAAAAAUGAUUUCUAUGGAGAAGGAUCGUCAGAGAAAAGAAACUGGUCUCGGGAGGGAACAAGGGACUGGAGAACGAGGGACCGGGACCAUGAGAGGAGCAGGGACAAACGCUGGCCAGAAAGGGAGAGGUCGUGGGCUUGGGGUGACAGUGAGAGAGAAAGGGACUCCAAAGAGGAGAGGAGCAGGGGGAGGGAAAGGAAGGACAGAGACAGGAAGGACAGGGAUAGAGACCGGAGCAGGGACAGAGAUACCAAGAAGCAAAGAGAUGAUGAUAAGCACUGAUAGGUGACUGUGCCUUGUCCCUUGGGUGUGUGACCUCCCCUUAUGGCAGCUCAGGGCUGUGACAGCAAUCCCAGAACGAGCUGUGGUGUUGCCACCUUGUGCCUGUGACUCUGCUGCCAGCAGCUUUCCGUAGUUUGGUUCUUAAUGCAGUUCAGAUGUGUGUUGUUCUUUAGAGAAAAUAAACUUUUGUAGUAAUGUUUUUGAACCGGUGAGUGCUGUAAGAAAUGCACUGUGUGUACAGGCAUCCCACUGAGCUGAGCACACACCUUGUCUGGCUGCCUGGGUGAGGGGUUAUCUGUGGGCCAGGUGUCCUCUUGUUCUUUAUGAAACAGUCCUGUGCUGGAGAUACAGGAAUAGAAUAGAAACAAAUAGAAACUUGGGUGCCCCAAAACAGAAGCUGAUGGCUUCAUUUUUGUGAAGACAGUGGGACAGGCAAGAUCUUUAUUGAUACUUUGUCCUUAACUAGUUCUGCCAGGUGAGAGAGAAACAUGGAACCAAUCCACUGUCUAUGACCUGGGAGGAUGAAACUCCUUGGUACAGAGGAAUGUGCACCACAGGGCAAUAAGCAUGUCAGAAAAUGCCUCAUGUUCCUGAUGAAUCCAUGGAUAGUCACUGAAGGAGAGUGUCAUAGGUAAAUGUGGUUGCAGCUGCACCCACUCUGUCCUCACCCUUCUACACAGGUUUUAAAUCCAUUCUGGAAACUGGGAUUGCUGUUGGUUGUAGCUGAAUUGGGGAAAACAGAGGGGAAAACAUAUUUCUCAGGGCUAGGAUGUGUAAAUACAGACACACCUCUUCCAUUAAGGAGCUUUCAGUGCUUUCUACAAAAGGCUCUGUCAUGUUCUUUGUCAUCAUAAGCCAUUCCUAAAUAGAUAAUGUAUUUUAAAUUGUAUUUUGUCAGUCUUGGAAUGGCUCUGUCCUAAACCUUGUCUGGUUUAAGGCUGUAUUUCCAUGAAGAUUUGUACACAGACAGAUCCAUAGGCUGCAUCCCCAAGAAUGGAUGGUAGUAUUUCCACAAAAAAAAGACUCAAGUCUUGCAGACAUACAUGUUUUUCAGAAAUAUUUAUUAAACUGUUAAAAUUAUUUACUGCCCAACCAAAAAAAAAAAAAAAAAACCAAAAAAAACCAAAAAAAAUGUCAGUGAUCCUGCAUUUGGCAAGCAGGACUGUUACACCCCUUUCCUGCCAGCAUCCUGGCCCCUUUUCUAAAAGCAGAUUUUCCUUGAAUAUUGACAAACAAUACACACAGAUCUUCAGAUCUUUACAAACACUUCCCUCCAGGCCAUCCUUCCGAUGGCACUUGGGGUGUGUGAAUGCAGCAUUGCAAACGUGAGAACGUGGUAAAUGCCAGCAGGUCAGGAGGAGCUACCCAGGGGUUGAGGCUUCAGAGAUGUGGGGAAGGCUGUCCUGCCUCCUGCACUGGUUUGGUGUUGGCUGCAGGGCUGGCCCCACAGAGCCCCGGGCUCUGCUGUACAGUGCACCAGGCCUGGAGAUUCCCUUUGUGCUGCUCAGGCUUAGGUUGGGUCUGUGCAGUUCCAUUAUCCCAGCUCACUGCUCUCAGCUGAUUGAUUUCCAAAGGCAUCUGCUUACUCAGGCCCACGUUCUGGCAUUGUUUCUGCUCACUGCAUCCCUUCUGAAUGAGCCACACGACUGAACUGCCCUCGGGAUAGACUCGAUGGGGUUGUCCACAACUGAACUGCCUGAUGUGACUGUACUGCACUUUUUGUUUUCUCACAUGGAACUGAAGCCAGGUUUUGGCAAUUUAAGUGUCAUUAAAUUAAGACACUCCCCCCAUUUAAGAGUUGCUUUUCACAGGAGUGGGGAGGUGCUGCUGUUUUAGGGAUGUUGCCAAAAUAUAACCAGGCAAAAAUGCAUCUACACAAUACCCACGUGGGGCUCUGGUCACCUUAUCUCGUAUAAGGCCACAUGUACCCCCUGCCCCGAGCUGCAGUGACACCAGGGGGUCACAGCAAGCACUUUCCCUACCUAGAACACACAGAAGGUUUGUGUUGGAAUGAAGCAGUUACAGCCAGGAGCA